UAGAAAGACUAAAAGAGUUUGAUACGUUUUAGUCUUUGUCCUGUCGACUAGAACUAUUACCGAUUGAUCACUCGCUGGCUCUUCCAAGGGUUUAUUUUCCUACCGACACAUGAUGUCAGUGUUGUUCGUUGAGGGCCAUGCUGACCAUACACCGUCCUGGAUUUUUGCGGUGUCAUCAGAAUCAAUGCCCACCUGUGUGGCCUGCCUGGUGUCGAUUCUGGAAGAUCCUGCCCUGAUACCUAUACAGAAGAAACCUGCAUUGGCCUCCCUCUCCAGUCUUUUGCAGCAGUCACCAGAGGCUGUCGACUGUCUACAGGGCAGCAUUGCAAUCACAUCUCACUGUUUACUUACUCUGAUGGAACUCCUGAAGUUAGACGAUCCUGUGUUUGUAACUCAGGUGUUAGAUGUUUGUGUGAAGGUCAUUGGAAAGGUUAAAUCAGAAGAUCUUGUCAGAUUGGUGUUGGAUCUCAUUCAAAAUGAGGUCACCACCAACAAAGACUGCAGGGCUUUGUGUCCUCUGUACCUAUUGCUGGGAAGACUUGUCCACAACUUCUCUUCAUUAGCUGUGCUGAUGGGUCAAGAAUUUGACUCCUUGUUGCAGCAGCUAUGUUCAAGUCUGACAUACCCAGAUGAGGACAUUGGGGCCUCUAUUGUGUACAUUUUUGUGUACUUGCUAGUUGGUGACUGGCCAACCAGGCUGUCCUCCUGCAUCCAUAGACAGAUCAUACAGGAGGUUGUGUGUCUCCUAAACACUGCCAAGACCCAGGGACUGCUUCUCAACUGUCUAGGCUUGUUGAAGAAGCUGGUAACUAAUGGCGACAGUGUGGACUUAUUGAUGAAUCUGAACAUGGAGGGUAUCACUCUUCUAGCAAUCCUCAAAAAGUUGUUGGUCAGCAAGAAAGAAGUCCAGCAAAUAUCCUCCAUACAGAUUCUCUCUGGCAUCCUGCAACUUCCACAAGGUCAUUCCUCAAAUUAUACUGUGGCCAUACUGCAAUCGGACCUCAUCGAGUUCCUGUUUGAGUGUCUCCACACACGUAACGUUGUCCAGACAAGACAUAUUUUCCAAUGUCUACAACCUCUGUGUCAACUGGAGCAGUUUUACACGAAAUGCCACUCUGUGUAUGGCAUAGAAUCUCUCCUUCGAUCACUAGAGACCCUAGCUGACAUGAAGAAUUAUCAACUGUCUGAAGAUGGGCUCAAGAUUCUGGCAACUAUCCUUACAAAACAGUCUAGCAAUGUGCCCUUGUUCAUCAAUUCUAAGAUGGUCCAGUUUUGCCUGUCAAUCAUCACUCGUGGACUCAAACAGCAGCAUCCUAUCGUCUUUUCAGCAUCCCUCUCUGUUCUCGUGACUAUCAUCAGGAAGGAUCACCUAUUGUUGCCUGUACCAUUUGAAGAGCUGGAGAAUGUGAUCAGACACUGCGGUAAAAUAUUUUGGAAUAGAUGUAAAAGUUUGGUGAUUACAGCUCGUCCCAGACCUAGUAAACCUGUGGGAAAGAGAGUGACGGAAGGACAGGGAGGAGGAGAAGGUGACAUCUACAUCUACUGUCAGACUUACCUCAAGUGUGCUAGGUUACUGAAGGCCUGCUCCAAUGACCCCCAAGCUUCAGUGUCGACAUUCAUGGCCCCUUGUGCUUCUGACAAUCAAAGAUCCUCAGUCCAAAAGUUCCAAGAUUUCCUACUGAACUCCAGUGCUGAAAAUUGCCUACCUUUGGUGAUGGAUAAACUGGAUGAGACUGAGGAUGGGGACUUGCUAGAAAGCCUGGCAGAGUUGAUAUGUUUGUUAUAUGAACUGGAUACCAGCUCCAUGUCUAGUGUGAUCCAUCGACUCUGCAUGAACGGCAUGCUGACUCGGAUACUGGAUAUUCAAACGCAACACAGUAUGACCGGAACAGCACAGAGUAGAGUAAGCAACUGUAUGCUGGUGAUGUGUCAAGUGCUACAUGACAGUGACAACCACUCUAUACAUCCUUUCCCUGCAUGGACUUUGGAAACAUUUGAGGGUGUGCACUACAGGCUACAAGAUCUACCUAGAAUCAUCUCUCAAGUUUCUCUGAAGGAGGAAACAAAGACUGUAUACCUGUUUCUUUUGUAUUAUGCUUUCAAAAAUGAUGAAAUGAUACUAUGUGGACCUGACUUACAGAUUGUUCUUGACAACAUCUGUUCCACAGAGAUAGGGUUGGAAGAGUUACCUCCCCUGACAAAGAAGCAUUUCAUUUUCCUUACAGCUAUAGGUUUCUGUCUGAGUGGUGAUUCUCAAAAUGAACAAGAGAAACAAAUAAUUACCAGCGUGUCCAAGUAUAUGACGGGGUGCCCGACAGAGACCUGGUAUACACAUCAUCUGGCUGUUCUACGUUGGACUUGUCAGCAACCGCAGCUCCGCAUAAAUUGUGCACACAAAGUGGUAGAGGCGUGGAUGGGACGACUAUGUGAUAUUUGGUCGUGGGAGGAUGGGGACCCAGGGGUGGCAGACUCCUGGCUAAGGGAUCAUCCCGAUGUCCUGUCCCUGUUACAGCUCUGUAGGGAGAAACAGCUGAUUGAUGUUCUACUGAAGCUGUUUCUCGCAUCAAAUGACGCAGUCAUCCGAGUUACACAGUUCAUCCUAAGUAGCUUUAUAGACCAGGUAACUGAUCCGGAUGAGAGGACAGAUUACCUGUUAUACCUAAGUGAACACACCGCUGACACUCUACAUCAAGUAUUCCUAGACAAGAGUCACCAUGAGGCUGGUCUUGAGGCAUUACUAGGUCUUCAACUGUACUGUAAACAGCACAUCCCUGACAAGUCUGUAUCUACUACUGACAUCAAGAUCCUUUAUCAUGUGACAAAAUUUGCUGGCUGUAACACACCAAUGCCUAUAUCACUACUACUUACCUGUGUUCAGUACAUACAAACCAGCAUUGAGGCAUCUGACACAGCAUCUUCUCUCAGAGUGUUAUCCUUGGUGACACAAAAUGAAGACAUGUUGGAUAGGCUGGAGAAGUUAUGUGACAACACACACCCGUCUCUCUGCUCAAUAGCCUUCAGAAUUGUGGUGGAAAUGAUACAUUACACCUCCAGCCUGCCACAUCAUCAGUGUGCCAGGCCAGUGAAAAUUAACUUAAUGCCGAUCAGCCAGUACCUGGGUACUGAUCACCCUGACCUCCUACUUGCUCGUCUCGACCUCCUGUGUGCCUUGUUCCAGCAGAAGUUCAGCAUUAGUGUGCUAACUCUGACCCGCACCCAGCGCUACCCUCCACACCCGGCAUGUCCCUUCACUUCCCAGGAGAUCCGCGAGGUCUAUCUCCAUCUCCAGCAACUUGUGCUACAGGAGUUUGCCCAGACAAAGACUUCCUCGAUCCAGUGUAUACAGGCCAUCUUGUGUUACCUCCACACUGUUGACCCUUGUCUAGAACAGCAUCUGAGAGCUCAACCAUGGAACUCCUUAAUGUUGGAAGUGGUUUUACAAACAUACAAGAGUGAUGAUCAGAAAAGUCUACACAGUACAAUAUCAUUGAUACACCAGGUGUUGUGUGGGCAUGAAACCUCCGCAAAACUGGUAUCUGAAAAGGGGCCACCCACACAGAUGAUGUCGUGCCUUGGGAUUUCUUCACAGAUGGUGUCUUUACUACUGGACUUUCUACUACAUCAGGACAUGAAAAACGUCACACCCACCAUCAGACAGGGUUUGCACGACCUUACAAAUAAGGUGAUGGAAGUUCUUCCUGAGGAUGUGCUGUCCAAACACAAGGAAGCUCUAAUGGCACUGCAUCAGUGUGAUGACCACAAACAUAAGAAGCAACAAAAUCCAGUAUGCUACUGACAUACUAGUAGUCGAGUGUAUCACAGAUAGCUAGGGCUAUCAUCUGGUGAUAAACAGAGUUGUAGACGAGACCCUGUGAGGGCUACUUUGUAAGACUGACCUGGAGAGGUGUCAAGAGAACAUCAAUUACACUGUGAGGACUACACAUCAAGCUAGACAUUUACGGAGAACGACACCACCACUUUGCAGACUACACAUUGAGCUAGAUGUUUCAAGAGAAUGACACCACCAUUGUCCAGACUAUAUAUUGAGCUAGUGGAUUAACUGCAGUAUCUAUCAGCUUUUGUAAAUACCUAUGUUAUUCCAUAUAAAUAAAAAGCUAAAAGACUUA